UUUUGUAUACGUAAACGUCAUAACAAUAACCCUACUUUUGACGGUUGGGUAAGAUAGAAAUUAAAUGUUUUUAAGAUAAGCUUAAAUAAACUAUAAAAUAUAAAAUGGUAUUUUAAAGAUCUCGUAAAAUUAUAACACGUACAAAAUGGAACAGGAGAAGGUAACGCUAUUGCGUUAUAGAGGGUCCAAAUUGGACAAAGUGAAGAAGUUGGAUAUGUUUCCAAAAGUUGAAGAAACGUUUAAAGAAACGUCGUCUGUAGGCGGAACAUUUUCAAUUAUCAGUUUCUUACUAAUAAUAUGGCUAAUAUAUUCUGAAAUAAGUUACUACUUGGAUAGCAAAUUCAUUUUCAAGUUUUCGCCAGAUGUGGAAUUAGACGAACAGUUGAAAAUUAACAUUGAUCUAACAGUCGCUAUGCCAUGUCACUUUAUAGGUGCUGAUAUCCUAGACUCUACCAAUCAAAAUACAUUUAAAUUUGGCACCCUUGAAGAAGAGGAUACUUGGUUUGAAUUGGCUCCAAAUCAACAGAUUCAUUUUGAUAAUAAGAAACACUUUAAUUCUUAUUUAAGAGAAGAGUACCACGCAGUGAAGGAUUUACUAUGGAAGAGCCGUUUUUCAACCCACUUCGGGGACUUACCACCAAGAAGUCACAUUCCGAACGUUCCUCACGACGCUUGCCGAAUACACGGUGAUCUAAUACUAAAUAAGGUCGCUGGUAAUUUCCACAUUACCGCAGGAAAGAGCCUACAUCUUCCAAGAGGACAUGUACAUAUCAAUGCCUUUAUGUCAGAAAGGGAUUAUAAUUUUUCGCACAGGAUAAAUAAGUUCAGUUUUGGGGAUCCCAGUCCUGGAAUUGUACAUCCUUUGGAGGGAGAUGAAUUAGUAGGAGACUAUGGCAGAACGCUUUUCAACUACUUCAUAGAAGUUGUACCCACUAAAGUUAACACAUUCCUUACAUCAGUCAAUACAUACCAAUACAGCGUUAAAGCUAUAAGUAGACCAAUAAACCACGACAAAGGCAGUCACGGCAUUCCAGGGCUGUUCUUCAAGUACGACGUGUCUGCAUUGAGGGUUGCCGUCAAACAGGAGAGAGAUAGUCUAGGUACUUUUCUUGCCAGGUUGUGUUCCAUUGUGGGAGGAGUUUUUGUUUGCUCAGGAAUUAUCAAUGCGGUAGUACAGUUUGUAUUGAAUCAAUUUAAAAAGAAUCUCAAGAAAGAAGGAAUCCAGAUAGACAGCAACGUAUCACUGGUAACUGGGGAUGCUCCACUUCCAGGAGUUCGGACAUUGUAAUUUUUAUACAUCACAUCUUUUUCUGUCAUUGUUUUGUUUUGUAUUUUAUAAAUGUCUUGAUUUUAAAUAAAUUAUUUUUACACAAA